CCCAGCGAUCCGCUUCCUCAGCCAUCAGCUCCUCCAGCCCCUCCUCCUCCAUAGCAACACAAUAGCAAUGGUCGGGUCACCAGUACACCCAGCAAGCCUCGUCGAUCCCUCCCUCCACUCCCCUGCCCUCAUGGAGCUGGUCGAGAUCGAGAUGAGCCGUACCCUCAUCGAACACCUCGUCGAUACGGUUGUUGAGACCGUCGACUAUGCAUUGGGCCGCGCUUCAUCGUCCUCUCGCGGCCGCUCAAUGUCACGCCACUCGGAACAAUCCAAGUUCCUCAAGUUCGUGACCGAUGUCCUCCACAAGGCUGAGAUCAAGGUCCCCGCCCUCUUGGUGACCCUCGUCUACAUCAACAGGGCCAAGCCACACAUUCAGAUCGCGCUCGAGCAAUGGGCCAACGAGCGCGUCUUCCUCGGUGCACUCAUUCUCGCGAACAAAUACCUGAACGACUCCACACUCAAGAACGUCCACUGGGCGCUCUGCACCGGAGUCUUCGGCAAGCGUGACAUCGGCCGGAUAGAGCGCGAGUUCCUCGACGUCCUCGACUUUGAGCUUUCCGUCUCCGAAGCCGAUCUCCUUGCACACCAUGACGCGCUCCUCGCGCGCUCUGCCCCACACCACGCGCAGACGCGCCUUCCCCACCAGCGCCACCGUCGCCGCGAGAGCUCCCCCAUCAACUCGCGCUGGUCAACUGACUCUAGCGACAUGGACGUCGACUCCGAGUCCUCGUUCGAGUCUGUUUCCCUCCCCCGCACUCCCUCGCCCGUCUCCGCGCCGACGGUUGCCAUCUCGCUCCCCGGCAAGGCUGCACCUAUCGAGUUCUCACAUGAAGACGCGUCGCACCAUAAUCACAACUCCCAUCAUCGCAUGUCCGCGCUGUCAAACAUCAUCCGCUCCUUCCCCAUGCCCCACUUCCACUCGCAACCGCACGUAUCGGCCUCGCCAGCGUACCACAAUACGCUCGCGCCGGCGAUGUCGGUUCCUAUACGUGCAUAAGCGCGUUCGCGGUUGCCGGCUUUCUUCGACUUCGCUGUACAAAACCUGCCUUCGCCUCGCGCACCGCAAUGCCGAACACGCGCGACCGGCGUAACUUAUUCUUCAUCGCAUCGCCCCGACGACGCCUCGAUAUGGGUCCGCAUACGCAUACAGCUGUACCAUCCAUAAUCUCGCCUGCCUCUAGGCAUACCACACUCGCUAUUGCUCUGCUCUGCUCUCCUUUCUGCUAUCUCACUACCAACGAUAUUUUUUACUGCACAUUUCGGACUUGCAGCAGCCGACGCCGGUGCUUGCAUUAAUUGGCGCAUCUCCCUCCGGCCCGCUCCAUCUGUUCGCUCUCCAUCUCCCAUCCAUUGCCUCGCUCCAUUCCUCCUGCUCAUCUCGUGUUGCAUCAUCAAUCGCCUGCACAUAGAUAGUGUAAUUGUAGCGGAUACGCAUCGAAUUG